UGUAGUAUAUAUGUAUGUGUAGGUGUUUGCCGCUUGAUUAUAAUUAUGAAGCCGAGACGGUGUUAAACGGUGUCGCGAUUAUAAAUAUUUUAUUCAUAUGUGAUACAACAUCGAUCAAGAUUAGGGAACGUCACGUAAUCAUGAACAUGAAUCCCGCGGAGGCUGAAACUAUCGCUGACUUGGUUCAGAAUAUGAUCAUUUCUCUAUGUAGUGAACAGAAGCCAGAAUUGAUCAGAAGAUUCAUGCGUUUUUCCCUUGGUUUAUUGUCAGCUACUCAAGGCGUAGAAACACUAAGAGAGGAUGAAAUGACUGUAGCGACAUAUAUAAAGAGUAAAUUAUCACCACGUGAUGCAGUACAGUUUGAUAAGUUGCAUAAUGAUUUAAAAGAUGGGCCACUGAAGAAUCGUAUAAGCAUUUUAAUAUUUCUACUAAAAAUGAGCCAGUCAGUGGAACAAAUGAAAGAUAGGAUCUUCUCAUUUCCAGAUAUGAAAUCGGAAUUAAGCCCAAUCGCAUCUACAAGUGGACAAUCGUCACAAACGUCAUGUUCUCCGGCACAAGUUAUAUCGUUAAAUACUACAGAGGCAAGUUCGAAAGGAUUAUUAACAAAUCCAAGUAAAAUGUUCAACGAGGAAUGCAUUUCGGAAGAUGUAUUAGUCCAGGAAUUGAUAUAUUCUUUUCAAAGUGUUGAAGGAAGAAUUUUAAAGUUGGAUUCCAGCUAUGGGUUUCAGAUAGAUCCUGCAGCAAAAAUUAACAGAUCACAGAAACAAGCUGUUUUAAGACUUAGUGAACUUGGAUAUCUACAUAAUGUAGUGCGAAAAGGAUUAGAGAGAAUGUCUGUAGCUAGUGCAGGCAGAGUUACGGAUAGUUUUAUUGCUGUCUUGCAUAAAGAAUUGUCAGAAUAUUACAGAUUGAUAGCUAUAAUGCAAGAAGAGGUGAAUAGAUCACGAGUUACAUUGUCCCAUUUACAUCUUUGGGCAUUUGAUCCUUUGGAAACUCUCAAGUGGUUAGCAAGUAUAGUGAGAACUUGCCAAGGCCAAAAAGGUGGUGCAUUAGCAUCUACUGUUUACGAAUUCAGUUAUCACGGAGAUCCAAUUGUAAAGAAUUUAGUGAAAAGAAUUUUGGAAAGUGUUUGCAAUCCCUUGUACAACAUGUUAAUGAGAUGGAUUGCCGAUGGAGAGUUAGAUGAUCCAUAUAAGGAAUUUUUUAUUCAAGCCUGUAGUGAUGUUAGUGGAGACAGAAUGUGGCAUGAGAAAUAUCAAGUGAGAAAUUCAAUGGUACCAUCCUUCCUUAGUAAAGCACAAGCAAAGAAGAUUCUAGGAACAGGAAAAAAUAUUAAUUUUUUACGUGAAGUUUGUAAAGACUUUUCGCCAUGGCAAGAUAAACAUGCGGAUAUGUUCAGGAACAGUAAUGAGGAAUAUAAUGUUGAAAUCUUUUUUGAUAUGGAUCCGGAUGGUCGUUUGCAAAUUAUGAUGGAUGCUGCUUAUAAAGAAACUUCAACAAGAGUUGUUGAGAUAUUGACAAAACAAUAUCAUCUUAUGGAUCAUUUGCAGGGGAUUAAAGGAUAUCUCUUGCUUGGCCAAGGCCACUUUAUUCAACAUCUCAUGCACUUAUUGGAGCCUGAAUUAGCUAAGCCAGCAAGUUCCUUAUAUCCUCAUAAUAUAUCAUCUAUUCUUGAAACUGCAAUAAGAGCAACUAGUACAAAAUUAGAUGAUUUAGAUGUGCAAAAACGUUUAGAUGUUAGAUUAUUAGCACCUUCAGAAAGUGAAACAGGAUGGGACGUCUUUAUUCUAGAUUAUAAUGUCGAUGGACCUAUAGGAACGAUUUUGGAACCAUGUAGACAGACUUAUCAAAAAGUUUUUUUUGCCUUAUGGAAAGCAAAAAGAAUGGAGUCAAUUUUAUCUGCUAUUUGGCAGCAACAGACAACAUCAGCAAAAAUAUUUAGAAAAAUGCCAGAAGUAUUGCCUAUUCAGAAUCAUAUUCAUCUAAUUACUAGUAGUAUGGUUCAUUUGGUUCAUCAAAUGCAAUAUUAUUUUUUAUUUGAGGUAAUCGAAUGUUCUUGGGAUACAUUUGCGAAGCAACUUCUGCAAGCAUCAUCUCUUGAUGAUAUAAUUGCAGCUCACAGUCAUUUUGUUGAUUCUGUAAGACAUGGUACAUUAUUGGAUGAAAAAUCACAAGCACUUAUGGAUCACUUACGCUCAGUGUACAGUCCAAUACUAGAACUCCAGAAUUACGAGGAAUCUUUUCUUGCUCAUGCUACUCAGGAAUAUGAGGCAAGAUUAAAUAUGUCAAAUGAACAAACAACAAAAUGGGGUCGUACGAAUAAAAAAGAUCAAGAAAUUACAGAAAGAGAGGCAGCGUUUACAAAAUAUUUAAACACACUUUCAAUACAAUUGAAGCGAGUUUCCAGAACCUAUCAGGAUCGUGUAAAAAAAUUUUUAUUAAUGCUUGCUUCCGCUGAAGAUGUGUCACUGCAGUUACUUAGUGUAAGAUUAGAUUUUAAUGAACAUUAUAAGAGCAAAGAUAGCCGACUAGUUGUGCCAUUAACAUAUCAACAUCGCAAACAAAGUGAUCAUACUUUCUUUGGCUGCAAGUGACAGUUGGCAGCAGAAAAUGUAUUAGAAACUUUUAAUGAUUCAAAUCGCCUUUCUAAUAAAUGCUGUACCUCAACUGAGCAGAAUCCGUCUGACAUUAAUAGUAAGGAUACAAGUAUAUCUCAUUUGUCUAAUAAUCGUCCUUUAUUUUGUUCUUUAUAUCAGCAUUAUGAUACUACCGAUUUUUUUUACAAACUAUACUCGUCCGAAAUGAUAACAGACAUUGAUAACUCUGUUGCUUUGCAUAGGAAAAGAUGUAGAACCAAUUUAAGAAAUGCUGAGCUAAGCAAACGUACAUUUAGAAUAUUUUUAGAAAAACAAAUAUUGUCACAUGUGGAGACAGAGAUUCAAAAAAAUACUGAAAAGCCUCAAACUCCGUUAACAUCUAAUUUUAAUUGUGAUGAAAGUGACUUUACCUUGAGCAAGAUACGAUUAACGCUUUCUCCGUUUCAAAAAACCAUAUCAGAAAAAAAGUUAUCUUUAAAAAAUAAUUUAACCUUACCAAAUUUAGAAGCUAAAGUAUGUUCCAGUAAUGGAGCUAUAAAAGUAUCUAAUGCAAUUCUAAAUCGUAAUACUGAUUCUGAAAUUAAUAUGUACGAGAAUCCUAUUCAAAACAAAUCAAAAGUUUCCAAUUAUACUGCAUCUCCGUCUAAUCAAAAUACCUCAAAUCCUAAAAUGAACGUAGUAAAUAAGCAAUCCAACUAUGCAUUGAUGUAUGCUAACAGUCCAGAAUGGUUUCAAGAUAACGAGACUGUAUCAGUUCAUGGUUCUCUGUUAAGUGAAACUAUUUCGGACAUUAGCAUGUCUAAUUCAGAUUUAAGACGAAAUAAUCACAGACGAUGUCGUUGGAAACGCAUACUUUUUUGUUGUGUUAAUUGAGUUAGAUAUUAUUAAGAA